UAUAAAAUAAUAAAGAGGUGACAUGAAUGUGAUCAGUGGUGGUAUUGUUGGAGGGGGUGUGUGUGUGCUGGAUGGAGGACUGGCUACUGAGGUGGAGGCAAGAGGAGUCAUCAUUGAGGGGGACCCCCUGUGGAGUGCUCGUCUACUGCACUCUGACCCCACCCUGAUAGAAGCAGUUCAUCUCUCGUUCCUAGAGCAUGACUCUGACAUCAUCACCACCGCUUCCUAUCAGGCUAGUGUGGACGGUUUUAUUCGUCAUCUUGGUGUAACCCAUGACAAUGCCUUGGAUCUGAUUGGACGGAGUGUUACUAUAGCAAAGCAAGCUCGAGACAGAUUUUUAAAAGACAGUCCCAACAAGACACCGCUCAUAGCUGGCUCCGUAGGUCCUUAUGGAGCAUGUCAGGCUGAUGGAUCUGAGUACCACGGCCGCUACGUUGAUCACAUGACCAGAGAGCAGCUUAUUGAUUGGCACAGACCGCGUGUUGCUAGGUUACUAGAUUGUGGAGUGGAUCUAUUAGCAUUUGAAACAAUUCCAUCGCAAAAAGAGGGGGAAGUGCUGAUGAGGUUAUUGGGGGAGUUCCCUACAGCAAGAGCGUGGCUGUCCUUCUCAUGCAAGGAUGGCGUGCAUUGUUGCUAUGAUGAUACGUUCCGAGAUGCUGUCAUAUCAUGUUGUUCUGUCUCAUCACAACUUGUGGCAGUCGGUGUUAACUGUACCGAGCCGGGAUAUGUGGAGGGUUUACUGAGCAGUUGCAGUGGAUGUACUGAUCUACCAUUCAUAGUCUAUCCCAACAGUGGAGAGUCCUGGACAAGGACUGAAGGGUGGAGUGGUGACUGUGUUAGAGGUUUCUCUUCGUACCUGCCAAAGUGGGUGGAGUUAGGAGCUCAUGUGAUUGGAGGGUGCUGUCGGGUUACCCCUAGUGACAUUAAAUUACUUAGUGACACCCUUAGAACUAUGAAACUCUCUGCAUAAGCAUUAUUUUUUGUUGCAAUUAUUACUGCGCAUGCUCAGUCUACUUGCGAUCUUCAUGUCAUUCUUUGCUAC